AUGGAGGCUGGCCCUACUUCUACUCCUGUAAUUUCACAGCCUGAGUUCACAGCCAUGAAUGAACCACAGUGCUUCUACAAUGAGUCUAUUGCCUUCUUUUAUAACCGGAGUGGAAAAUACCUUGCUACAGAGUGGAACACAGUCAGCAAGCUGGUGAUGGGACUUGGAAUCACUGUCUGUAUCUUCAUCAUGUUGGCCAACCUACUGGUCAUGGUGGCAAUCUACGUCAACCGUCGCUUCCAUUUUCCUAUUUAUUACUUAAUGGCUAAUCUGGCUGCUGCAGACUUCUUUGCUGGGUUGGCUUACUUCUACCUAAUGUUCAACACAGGACCCAAUACUCGGAGACUGACCGUCAGCACUUGGCUCCUUCGUCAGGGCCUCAUUGACACCAGCCUGACCGCAUCUGUGGCCAACUUACUGGCUAUAGCCAUCGAGAGGCACAUUACGGUUUUCCGCAUGCAGCUCCACACACGGAUGAGCAACCGGCGGGUGGUGGUAGUCAUUGUGGUCAUUUGGACUAUGGCCAUUGUUAUGGGUGCUAUACCCAGUGUGGGCUGGAACUGUAUCUGCGACAUUGAAAACUGUUCCAACAUGGCUCCCCUCUACAGUGACUCUUAUUUAGUCUUCUGGGCCAUUUUCAACUUAGUGACCUUCGUGGUAAUGGUGGUUCUGUAUGCUCAUAUCUUUGGCUAUGUUCGCCAGAGGACUAUGAGAAUGUCUCGGCAUAGUUCUGGACCCCGGCGGAAUCGAGACACCAUGAUGAGUCUUCUGAAGACAGUGGUCAUUGUGCUUGGUGCCUUUAUCAUCUGCUGGACUCCUGGACUGGUCUUACUACUUCUAGAUGUAUGCUGUCCGCAGUGUGAUGUUCUGGCUUAUGAGAAAUUUUUCCUUCUCCUUGCUGAAUUCAACUCUGCCAUGAACCCCAUCAUCUAUUCCUACCGUGACAAGGAGAUGAGUGCCACCUUCCGACAGAUCCUCUGUUGCCAACGUAGUGAGAAUACCAGCGGCCCCACGGAAGGCUCCGACCGCUCAGCUUCCUCCCUCAACCACACCAUCUUGGCUGGCGUUCAUAGCAAUGACCACUCUGUGGUUUAGAAAGAAAACUAAUGAUGAAGAGUCAACCAUCAUCCAUUGAGGAAUGAACAGCCUCACCCUACCAAAUUGCAAAGGCAAGGUGGGAAGAAAAUGAACUCAUGUACUUAAACACUAACCAAUGGCAGUAUUUGUUCCUAGCCCCCACAAGACUUGACAUAUAUUGAAAAUUAGCUUAUGUGACAGUCCUCAUCCUGGUCCCCAUUUCUUUUGAAAGUAGGAAGUGGAAUUCAUUAAUAGACUCUGGAGUGUCCAUUCAGACUGCACUAACUAGAGUUUUAAAGAUUUUGUGUGGUUUGGUGCCUGUCAGAAAAGAUUCUGACUUAUUGACUCUACAAUUUAAUUUACAUACAGCCCCUUCCCUUUUUAUAUUCUUAAAGGAUACAUUUCAUUUAAUAAACAUGUAUUUAUACCUAUCAGCA